AUGAUUAGAAACAUUUCUACGUCCGGGUUCACGUUGGAAAAUCAAAGGAGAGAGGAGCCCACCAGCGAGAGCGACGCCCUCUACGACCAGGCAGCUGCUGCAAGCGCCAAUUGCGAACUGCGAAGUGCGAAUUGCCCCGACGGUCUGAAGACUGAAGACGGGAGACGACUCGAAGAAUCUCGUCUUGACAUCUCGUCUUGUCGUCUCGUCUACCGCCUGCCGAUUAUCCACCGAUACCCCGAGCCCAUGUUGUCCCGGACGCUUUUCCGCCGCGCUGGCCCUACAGCCACUGCCUGCCGCACGUUGACGACACAAUCGUCAAUCUCGUCCUCCUCGUCCUCCUCGUCCUCCCCAUUGUCCUCCCUCCGCGCCGCCGCCCUCUUCUCACGCCAGUCCUCCCUCUCGUCCUCUUCUAUGCCGCUUCGCGCCAAGAUCCUGGCGCCAGCGUCGCCCCCUGCCCGCACCAUGGCGACGGCUGCCUCGGCACCGGUCUCUGCGGCGACUGAUGUCUCGGACCGGCUCUGGAAGGAGCAGCCGGGCGACGAGCCCGAGGAUGUGCUGUUCACCAGCCAGUACGGCCUGCGCACGAUCGAGCUGAACCGGCCGCGCAAGUACAACUCGCUCAACGCGUCCAUGAUCCGCAAGAUCGGCCCCCGCCUGCAGGAGUGGGCCAAGUCGGACAUGGCCAACAUUAUUGUGAUGAAGGGCGCGGGCGACAAGGCCUUUUGUGCCGGCGGCGACGUCACGGCCCUGGCCGAGGCCAACCAGCGCGGCCUCGAGGGCCAGCAGUGGUCGGCCGACUACUUUGCCCUCGAGUACAAGCUCGACCACCUGAUUGCCACCUACGACAAGCCCUACGUCGCCUUCAUGGACGGCAUCACAAUGGGCGGCGGCGUCGGCCUCAGCAUCCACGCGCCCUUCCGCAUUGCCACGGAGCGCACCGUGUUUGCCAUGCCCGAGACCAACAUUGGCUUCUUCCCGGACGUCGGCGGCUCGUUCUUUUUGCCGCGCCUGCCGGGCGCCGUCGGCACGUACCUGGCUCUGACCAGCGAGCGCCUGACGGGCGCCAACGUGUUCUACGCCGGCCUGGCCACGCACUACCUGCACUCCACCAGCCUGCCCAGCCUCGAGGCACGCCUGGCCGAGCUGCGCUUCCACGACUACGAACCCAUCGAGACGCGCCUCGCCACCAUCAAUGCCACCAUCGAAGAGUUCACCACGGGCCUGCCCCGGGACCAGCCCAUCCUGCUGGCCGGUAGCCUGCGCAACGCCAUCGACCGCUGCUUUGGCCAUGACAGCGUCAACGACAUUGUCGCGGCUCUGCAGGCGGAGGCGUCGGCACCCCUGGAGGGGGAGAGCGCGAGCGAGGCCGGCGCUGCCGCCGGCGAGGCCACGCGCACGUGGGCCGCCAAGACGCUCAAGACGCUGCAGCACCGCUCGCCCACGGCCGUGCACGUCAGCCUGCGCCAGAUGCGCAUCGGCGGCCGCUGGAGCAUUGCCGAGACGUUCCAGCGCGAGCACCUGAUUGCGUCGCGCUUCAUGCGCCAGCCCGACUUCACCGAGGGCGUCUCGUCGCUGCUGAUCCGCAAGGACAAGGGCCGCCCCGCGUGGAAGCCGUCGACGCUCGACGACGUUGCCGCGUCGGACAACUUGACGGAGCCCUACUUUGCCCCCGACCGGAGCGCCGAGGACCCGCCCGCGCUGCGGCUGCUCAACGCCCGCGACUACCGCGAGCGGCCCUACGGCGAGCUCAACAUUGGCCUGCCGAGCGAGGCGCACGUGGCUGCGCUCGUCAACGACGGCGUCAAGUCGCAGCGCGAGAUCAUCAACCAGUUUGUCGGCCAGUACCGCGGCAAGCAGGGCGUCAAGGAGGUCGUCACGGAGAUAAUCGAGCGCAAAACGAUCAAGGGCGAGCGGGGCGAGGCCGUCUGGCUGGACGAGGCAUAA